UUUUCUUAGUUUCCCUGACAAGUUAAGUGACAAUGUCAAGCAGAAGAUCACGUUCCAGACAAUCUUCAGGAGUUUCCAGAAUAAGUGAUGAUCAAAUCGCCGAUCUCGUUUCCAAGUUACAACAACUUAUUCCUGAAAUCCGUAAUAGGCGUUCUGACAAGGUUUCAGCUUCAAAAGUGUUGCAAGAAACUUGCAACUAUAUAAGGAAUUUACACAGCGAAGUGGAUGGGCUAAGUGAUAGAUUAUCACAGCUUUUGGAAUCAACUGAAAGUGACAGUGCUCAAGCUUCUAUUAUUAGAAGCUUACUUAUGUGAUGAUAGCAACUUCAACAAGUAGCUAUAUAUUAGCUCAACUUCUACUUGAUUAAAAAUUCUAUUAAGAUGCAGCAGUUAUUAAUUACUAUUAAUUAGGGCUUUGGCCGCUAGGUCAAAGUAGGAGAGGGACCAUCCUUGGCUCCACUCCAAGGGGUUUUCUCUCGUUUUUUUUAAUUUUAUAUUUUCCCAUCCCAUGUGUACCUGGGUCAUUCGCGCUUUGCUUAGACUAGCUAGCAUUAGCAAGCUAUGUCACAUAUAUAGAUUUAAAAUAAGAGGGACAAUAUCUACUUAGAUUUGCCAAUGUUUUAUAUAUUAGAGUAGUUUUUAAUUUACUGAUGAUGUUGUAUUGUUGUAUCCAUCCAUUUAAAGAGCUGAUGCUACUUUGAUCUCAGCCUUAAUUUGUUGAGUAUGUAAGUAUUCAAGAUAUUUUUAUCAUCUAAUAAUAUCAUUUUAUCUUCUUUUUUUCUCAUA